UGGUGGCAGCCAUACCAGUCUUCUCUCUCCAAUGGAAUGACGAUCUUACUGACUUGAGAUCGAUAGAAACAUGGAUCAAUCGUAUGCCAUGUUAAGAAGAAACAACAGACCUGUGUGUCGUAUGUGGCAGAUGGGUCGCUGCGAACUUAACAGCAUCCAGUGUGAGUUCCGCCAUGCGGAGCCAGAUUUCAAUACACAGCCUAUGCCCAUGCUGUCCGAGGCCUUCGACCCUUCGCCGCGCUUGCCCGAUCCUCAUUGGGACGAUCACAGAAUGCAUCCAGACAGAAAGCCUCUGCAGGAGCUUGUGCUCCCUGCUCCUUCAUCAUCUAUCCUCGAGAUCGACCAGAGUCGUCCUGGUCUGGCCUUCCGUCAAUCGCCUUUGCGCGCAGACAUCGACCAAGACAGGUGGGCAAGCCCCAGGGGCAGUCCUAGAGGCAGUCCUAGAGGCAGUCUCAGAGGCAGCCCACGCAUUCAGCCUGGCGCAAACAACACCUUUGGAGAGAUGCAGUUCAACGCUUCUGGCAAGUGCGACGAAUGACAUUUGUAGCAUUCUUUCUGACUCUGGACAGGCCAACGCAUGCCAAUGGAUGACGUGUCGCAAACCGACGCGUUCAACGCUUGGAAGGACGAAAGAGAGCACCACAAUGGUAUGCCGCUCUUGUGACCAGAUCUACCGGGUUGCGACACUGACAUACCUGUAGAGUUCGUUCCGGAUUAUGACAUGACCAUCUAUGAGGACCCAGAAGAGUUCGACGGCGACGCGCCUAUGAGUGAAGACUACACCGAUGACGGUAUAUUUCUUCAACCACAGACUACCUACAGCUUUACUGAUGUUGCUUCUCCAGAGAUCUCCAGACUAGCUGAGCUCGGCGACGACUCGGAGGAAGAGCCCGAAGACAAGGAGAACGAUCUUUCCCAGAUCAUGUCGAAUGUGAUGCAGGUGGACAACGAGAACCCGCUGCGACGCCAGUUCGGCCAAGUCGACCUCACCCAACGCACGGACGCCACACGUGAAUCUUCAUCACCACACCAUGUAUUCACCUUCUCAUCAAC